AUGGCGGGGCUGGGCUUGGGCAGCAAUAUCCUGUGUAAAAACGUCCCCACCUCCCCAGAGUUGUCAUAGGAUACAGAUUUGCAAUUGCAGGAGCAUUUGUAAAAAUGCGCGUCCCCAAGAGAGGCACUUCCAAUCGCGUUUUGGCAUUUGGUAAAAUGCUGCAAACAGGAUAUUAAGCAGGUGGAUUUGUGAUGCGGCUGUCCUUGCUAAAAAUAUGCGCAACACGACUACGGAGUGCAAGAACUUGUCUGCGUGGCUCCCAAAACUUCUGGAUUUGUGUUGCUACGUUCCCAAUCAUUGACUAUGGGGUGUGGGCCCCGUUUUUGCAUACGAUAAGCAAUGCGUCGUCCGGACGAAGCGCCUUGUCUGGCUCGAACUCGCACGGCCAUUUGUCGGACCUGUAUCACAGGAAAAAAGUGUUACAGUUACACAUAGUCUAUGCAGGCCAACAAGGAAGACAGACAACUUCUGUCAUGCCGGAUAUGCAUAUAGGAGCCUCGUUUCAUAAUAUAUGUGUUUUCCCGUAGGAUUUCUACCGUGCAAGUUUUCUCUCUCAUCAUGUAGAGAUGAAAUUUGUGUUGCUGAGUUCUUCACUACAAGUGUGUAAACACUUUUUUCGUGGGAUAACCUGGACGCUUUUUUCAGUAGCAGCGGGGACGAGGAACGUCAACACAGAGCCCUUAUCCUGAGUAAGAACGUACCCACACCAGAGUUGUAAUGCAGAUUUGCAAAGACAGGAAGACUUGUAAUGCGCAUCCCCAUGAGAGCUCGCGUAUUGGAAUUUGUGAUGCUGUCAACAGGAUGAGCAGAUGGAUUUCUGAUGCGUUUGCCCUUGCUAUAGCCUGCACUACGCUGCGGAAUGCAACUUGUCCUGCGUGGCUCCCAAAACUCCUAGGCUUGUGUUGCAAAAUCCCCAUCCUGACUCUGGUGUGGGAACGUUUUGACUCAGGAUAGCCCUGGGGCAAAAAACUCUGCGGGGCCGCCAGACAGCGGAAACUAAACAAGUACCGGCAGUUAUGGAUGUGUCAGAGUUGAAAUCGACAAAGUUGAAAUAAUUUGUCAUGCAUAAAAUGGAUGCCAGUUGGAACCCAGUUGCCAAGUGGCGCAUGACAAAUUUCGGUGGUCUCUAAAUCGAGUUUGUCAUGCUGCUUGGGCAAAGAAGAGCGAUUUUCUCAUGCUACUUUAGCAGCUCGAGCUGUAACCCCAAACAGGCUUACAAUCGGCCUCACUUGCCUGCUCUGCAACACACGCACCUCGGGUCAUGCAUUUUAUGCAUUACAGAUUAUUUCAACUUUGACGAUUUCAACCCUGACGCUUCCAUAGCAGUAGACCCGAAGUUUUUGUCGCCGUUGGUGGAGUAUCAAAUGUAAAAAUGUCUGGGUCUGGAAGAGUGCGCGAUUUGUCAUGCAGCUUUUCCAUGACCCAUGAGGUCUGGAAUGCAGGGCCUAGCAUGACAGAUUCUGUGCGACCUUUCUCAUGCCUAUACUGCAUGAGAAACUGCCUCCCGACUUGGUCAAAACUGGACGACUUUUGGUAAUCAUGCAACACAGAUUUUUGCAUGCUGCAGAUUUAGCAUGACAAGUUGCCUUCUUCCAGACCCAGACAUUUUUACACUUGAUAUGGAGGUGCGUACGGAGCAUGGGUCGCCAGAAAUAACAGCGCCGGCGGCCUGGGAAGGAGGAGAUCAUUCUCGUGGUUCUCGUCCAGAAGGUUUUGUAGCAUCGCUAGCUUCGCUGAGUUUGCUACGAGAAUGCACAAGAACUCCCCUUCGUUCUCAUUUCUCAUGCAAAACAACAAGUCCAUGCUUUCCUUAUACACGAAUCAGCAUAAACAAAUUUGUCAUGCAAAAGCGGCACAACUCUUGCUGACGCUUGUAUUGCUGUUCAUGCAAGAACUUUUAUACAAAUGAGGGGGAGACCACGAGCGGGGAGUUGUGCACUCUCAUAUUUGCCGCCCGGAUUUUCUAUCAAAUGCAAAAAUGUCUGGGUCUGGAAGAAUCCGAAAUUUGUUAUAUGCUGUUUUUGCAUGACACAGAAUGUCUGUCAUGGAAGCCCUAGCAUCACAGAUUUUUAGAGGCCUUCCUGAUGCCUAUUCCGCAUGACAAAUGCCCUCCACGCGUAGCACAAACCGGACUCCUCCUGCUGGUCAUGCAAUACAGAAUUUUUUAGAGUCCAAAGUUAGCAUCACAAGUUCCAACCUUCCAGACAUCCAGGGAUUUUUGCAAUCCAUAUUUUCGGGUCCCUCAUCGCGGUCGUCUUCGCGAAGUAGAGUCUCGUCUCCACUUAUCGCCAGAAAAAACUGUUUCACUGUAAACUUGUAAUGCAGAAAAUGUAUUUCACAAGUGCUUGUCUUGCUACACAUGCAAGACAGUGGAUCGUCAGCUGUGUUUUAUUCCCUUAAUAGGAACCUUGCAUGGCAUAUUUUCUCUGUUAUGUAGAACAAACUUGUGAUGCAAAACCUGCAAAAUCUUUACAGUCGUGAAACACUUCUUUCGUUCGAUACUACUAAUAUCUUCGAGCGCGGCCUCAUUAGCCUCGUCAUUAGCCGCGUUCUCGCGCUCUGAACAUCCAUCGACAGCAGCGGCUGCUGUACAGGGAACUACUACAUCGAGAACAAGCAGAACAAGCAGUGUCAUUUAUUACAAUGAAAAAUGCCCCCACCCCCGAACUUGAAAGCAUUUGUAUUGCAAAUCUUUCCAAAUGAAACAUUCGCCCUCUUGCGUGUAUUAGCAUCACAGAUUUCCGAUCGUGAAUAGCAAAAAUUUCUAUUGCAAAAGAUCCCAGCAAGAGCGGUGCUUGUCAUGCAAGGGAUGCGAAACACGACUAGAAUCUGCAUCAGAAAGAUUCGUACUCUUUUCAUGCAUGACAAAAAGCUUUCAUUUGGAAACUUCGCAUCACAAAUUGUUGCAAUUUCAGGGGUGGGGGGCAUUUUUCACUGUCAUAUCACUCCUUCUAGUAGAGAUGAGGCAUCAGGUCCUCGGGCCGGCUAUCAAAUGUAAAAGUGUCUGGGUCUGGAAGCUUGCCAGGUUUGUCAUGCAUAUUUUGGAAGACUCAUGAUGUCUGUGAUGCAUGCUCUAGCAUGGCAGAUUUUUAGAGGCCUUUGUGAUGCCUCUACCGCAUGAGAAAUGCCCUCUCGUCCGGGUAGCACAAACUGGAGUUCUGUUGCCGGUCAUGCAAUGCAAAUUCUUUUAGAAUCCAGAGACAGCAUCACAAAUUUAGAAUCUUCCAGACCCAGACAUUUUUGCAUUUGAUACCGGCGCGCCGGGAUCGUACGCCCUGUUAGGUGAUUGGAAACGACAGACGCGCGGCGCGGUAGAGGCGUACUCGCAAUACAUCUUAACUUUCUCGGGCGUGGGGAAGUUGUUGCAACUGUACCACGCCUAUGCAUUGCAAACAUCGAUCUGGGUCUGGAAGGGUGGAACUGUAAUGCUAAUUCUGGAUCGUGCAAAACUCUGUGUUGCAUGAUGCCAAAAGCUGUCCACUUUUGACCAAGUUGAGAGGAGGUUUCUCAUGCAGGAUAGGCAUGAUAGGGAUCUCACAGAAUCUGUCAUGCUAGGUCCUGCAUUCCAGACGACAUGGAUCAUGGAAAAUCUGCAUGACAAGCCUCGAAAUCUUCCAAACCCACCCAUAAAUUUGCAUUUGAUAACACCCCCGCGACGAGAAUUUUUUCUCCGACAGGAGGGGAGGAAGACAAGGACAACACGUACAUCGACGUGGGACUCUUCGCGCACUAUUUGUUAAACACGGGCACCACUUACACGCCCUUAAUGGUGUGGAACAACUUUCACGAUUACGAUGAAGAGUUCCUCUUCGCCAAACCUUUCGGCUACCGUAAUCUGCUGAAAACCUGGUUCGCCGUGCCGCCAAUGGAUCGUGAGGAACUACCUGCUGCUCCAAGUUCAACACGAGGUGGAACUACAGACGCACACUACCACCAGUUGCACCACGACGAACCCCAGGAUGUCGUGAUGGAUUUAAGCAGCGUCAGCGAGACUGCGUUUGUCCGCCAGUACUCGAAUGCGAGCACCGGUAGGGAAGAGCAAAACAUGGAUUUGAAUCUAGACACUGACCUGGUCGAAAACUUGGACAAAUCUAAAAUCCCGGGCGCCUUGUAUCAUAUGUGAAAACGUCCCCACCCCGACCAGAGCCUGCGGGACCCUGAGGGCAGAAGUCCCCAGCCCCUACAGCACGCGCACGCACUAAAUAAAUAAAUUACAGUGGCCACAUAGCAUAUGCGUUUCUCUUCUAGUCGUAGUUCGUUCUCCUCUUGAUUUUUUCUGAAAAUUCGAAGUUUCUCUGUGCUUGAAAUUUGGUCUUUUCCAGUACAUAAACACCCCAUAGUCAAUGAUUGGGAACUAAGCAACACAAAUCCAGAAGUUUUGGGAGCCACGCAUGACAAGUUGCAGUCCGUAGUGUAGUGCAUGUUAGCAAGGACAAUCGCAUCACAAAUCCAUCUGCUUAACUAUCCUGUUUACAGCAUCACAAGUUCCAAAACGCGGUUGAUUAUGCCUGGCAUAAACAUGCGCAUUACAAAUCUUCCUGUCAUCGCAAAUCUGCAUGACAACUCUGGCUUGGGGACGUUUUUACACAGGAUACCUUGCUCUGGAUCGCCACGCGGAUGCACACGAGCAACCCCGAGUUUUGGAAAAAGACCGAUAUGAACUGCAACUAUGUCUGGGUCUGGGAGAGUACAACUUGUGAUGCUGCAUUUCGAUGCUGAAAAAAUCUGUAUUGCAUGACGAGCAGCUCCUGCAAGAGGAGUCAAAUUUUGCUACGCGGAGAGGGUAUUUGUCAUGCGGGAUGCGCAUCGAUAAACGGCCAAAAAAAUCUGUGAUGCUAGGGCAUACAUAACAGACACCAUGGAUCAUGGAAAAUGUGCAUGACAAACUUGUCCUCUUCCAGACAUCCAGGGAUAAUAUUAUGCAUUUCAUAACCGACAGCGAGCAGCAAGUUCCCUCUGGGACGCCCUCGGACACACUGAAAGAGCUGCGCCAGCUAUCCUGUGCAAAAGUAUCGUAUUCGUAUUGCAAUCAUUCAUUACAAAUUUUUUUCUUAAGGUAAAUCCGCAUUACAGAUUUUAUUCCUCAUGCUGAGGAAAUUUGUCAUGGAUUUAUACGAGGGCAGAGUGCGAUAUUUUUGCAGUUCAUACCAGCUGGUGAAAUACAAAUUCUUCGGCAUAGUUUCGCCAGCGGCACGAAAGAAGUUGCCAUCAAGCGGUACAACGACGACAGGGACGAACAACAUCUCCAAGCCCGGAGGUCAACAUCUGGGUAGUUCACCUCUCCUGCAAGGCACCGCUCCUUUGAAAGAGCCGGAUGGCAGCUUGUUAGACCACAAUAAUCUUCGUCCUCGAGAAAGAAGUAUCAAGUGCAAAAAUGUCUGGGUCUGGAAGAAUUCACGUUUGUCAUGCUUGUCUGGCAUGACUCUUAAAUCUGUGAUGCACGUUACCCAAGAGCUCCGUUUUUCAUUUUCUGUGAUGCAGAAGCGCAGUUUGUCAUGCAGAAUAGGCAACACCUAGGAGCUCAGAAACUUGUCACGCUGAGCCAGCAUUUGUAGCCUCAUCAUGAGACGCCACCCAGCAUCACAAGUUUCCAGACCCAGACAUUUUUACUUUUGAUAAAAAGUGCUGCAGAAACCUCAUCGUCAGAAAAAAAUCUUCACACGCGCAUCCUCAUUCCCGAGUUGUUUCGCGCUAGUGAAUAUCAAAUGUAAAAAUGUCUGGGUCUGGAAGAUUGGAACUUGUGAUGCUGCGUCUGCAUUAUGCAAAAAUCUGUAUUGCAUGAACAGCAAAAGAGAGGGGCAUUUCUCAUGCUUUUGGCCACGGUGAGAGGGCAUUUCUCAUGCAGUACAGACAUCAGAACCACCUUACAAUAUCUGUGAUGCUACGGCAUGCAUCGCAGACGUCAGGAGUCACGCAAAAUGUGCACGACAAACCCUACAUCCUUCCAGACCCAGACAUUUUUACAUUUGAUAGUGAAAGAAAUGCAUGGACAUCAAGUAGAACUCGACGCACGACUAGUAGAACUGGUGGCACGAGUUGUACGACGUCGACCCCGGGUAAUAUCGACACCCUCGCAGGUGCAGGAGCAGCACGUGGGCCGCAGGAGGCUAUCGAAUGCAAAAGUGUCUGGGUCUGGAAGAUUGGAACUUGUGAUGCUAACUUCGGACGCUAAAAGCCUCUGUAUUGCAUGGCCAGCAAGAGGAGUCUAGUUUGUGCGACGCGGGGAGGGCGUUUGUCAUGCGGAGUAGGCAUCAGGAAGCCCUGUGAAAAUCUGUGAUGCUAGGGCGUGCAUUACAGACGUCCUGGGUCAUGCAAAACAUGCAUGACAAGCCUCAGAAUCUUCCAGAGGACCCAGACAUUUUUAAAUUUGAUAGAGGCCCUGCAAAGGCAACGUUCCAUCGACCUGCAGCCUGACAAAGCCAUUGAAAUAUUUGUGCACGAAUCUAACGAGGGUAUUAAUAUGUACAGCCACUUGAGCUGCAGGAGCUCCUGCUCCAGGGCGACUUUGAAUUUGGACGAAGAUCAUCAGCAGGAUGUUGAUGCUGCAGCAACCAUAUGGAUUGCAAAAAUGUCUGGGUCUGGAAGGGUUGGAACUUGUGAUGCAAACUCUGGAACACACAAAAAUUUGUGUUGCAUGAGCGCCAAAAGCUGUCCAUUUCUUGGCACGCAAGUAGGAAGUUUCUCAUGCGGGACAGGCAUCGUGAGGCGUGCUCAAAACCUGUGAUGCUUUUGCCUGCGUCAGACGUCAUUUGGGUGAUCCGAAAUAUGCAUGACAAAUCUCGGAAUCUUCCAGACCCAGACAUUUUUACAUUUGAUAAACCACUGCAGCACGACAAGCUGCAGCUCCUCGUUCUUGCCCGUCCUUCGAGCCGCGUAUCGAAGUAUUUUUCUCGAAUUACCCCGUCGUGAGUGCAGCUGUGGCGGCCGAGGAUGUCGAUGGAGGGAAGCACGACCUGCCGGACGAUCUUUCUGGUGCAGAUGGAAGAAGUUGUACUAGCAGAGAGGAGGUGCCGCGAGCUGGAGAUACAGCUAGAACUUCUACCUCCAGUGUAGUCACCCUUAGCCAGCAGCGCUGGGUUCCGCCGAUAUCAAAGUGAAAAAUAAAUCCCCCCACCCCAUAGUACUUACUCAAACUAGAAAUUUGUGAUGCAGAUUUGUGGUUACAAAUCAGCUUUGUCAUGCUAGAGCUAGAAGGGAAAAGAUGCGGACUAUAGUGCUGGUUGGCGUGGGAAAGCCUUGCAUCUUCAGCAUGACAGGGGGCAGCUGGAAGUGGGAAACAGCAUGACAAAUUGCUUGCAAACGAGGCCACAGCUGCGUCUCUUGGCCUUCUAGCAUUACAAGUCGAUUUGUGUACUCAAAUACAGCGUCACAAGUUUCGUUUUCGAUAUGGGGAGGGGGGAUUUUUCCUUUUGAUAGCCGACGCAGGUUAUUUUUCCCCUCGACUCCGUCGAUGAAGACUUAUGCAAGAAAAAACAAAAUGCUGUGUAAGUGUGAGGAAUAGCAUCACAAGUUUAUGCUCUGCAUGACAGAGAAAACUACCUGUCAUGCUUAGCUAGUAUCAGUGCAAACACGUACGAAAAGAACCUCUGAUGCAUGGGUCUAGCAUGACAGGUGAUAAGUGUUUUACAUACGUCUGCAACACAAACUCACACUUACACAGUUUUUUUCCUGGAUAAGACUUGCACGAGGACUACAUGAAAGAUCCUUUCAAGCGGGCUAACAACUGCAAAUAUGUCUGGGUCUGGAAAGUUGUGAUGCUAAUGUGCGAAUGAUCCGCAACGUUUAUUUGGGGUCCGCGCAUGACAAGUUCCAGAGCGGCUAUGCCUAGCAUCAGCUCCAUGACACAUGGCUCUUUGUGUGACAGACAAGUGGCACGACUGUAGCGCACGAAGCAUGACAGACUUUUCUGUCUCGUCGGCCAAGCAUGACAGACUUGCAUUCUUCCAGACCCAGACACAUUUGCGUUUGAUACGGAGUAUCGUGAAGCAAAUCUGGCAGGAGAACGACGUGGUAAAAGUCUCGCGGGGGAUGGCUGGUCGGGUACAAGUCGCGGCGCCGAAAGGAGCUGCACCAGCAGGGCUGCAACAUCUGGCUAUGCAAGAGAAAAGCUGUGUAAGUGUAACUUUGUGUUGCAGGACAUGCAACAGAGUUGCGCCUCCUGUCAUGCCAGACAGCCAUGAAGUGGUCCUCUUUUCAUGUGUGUUUUGAUGUUCCCUUACAAGCCACGCAUGACAGGUUACUUACUUAUUUCCUCUAUCCUGUAGAGCAAAUUUGCGAUGCUGUCAGCCAAAGAAAGUUGCACUGACGCAGUUUUUUUCUUGGAUACUGGCCCCCAUUGCUGCGCUGUACGCAAGAAAGCCGACGUUUUUGUGCAAGCCGCCCGGUAGUUCAUCAACAUCGACCUCGUCCCGUGCAGCAUGUAUGUCGGGCGAGCGGCUGUGGCAUGCUGUGUUGUCCUCGGAAGAUGCAAGAAACAUCGAGGGGAUCCGAGAUGACACGUUUUGCUUUCCGUUUGUCGAUCUGAAGAGUGUGAGUCUGAAAAGGCGCGACGUCGAGUUCGAGGUUUUGUUGGAGCAAGAGCGAAACUAUAACGAAAACGACCCAAACCUGGUAGAGCUGUUCAACAAAAAGGACCAGGCUCUUGUGGAGAGCCUGGAAAAUCUAUCCUGUGCAAGAGUAUCGUACUCGUAGUAAUGGCGUUUCUGCAUAGUGCAAAUCUCUUUCCCACAGUAAAGCAGCGUUACAAAUUCAAUUUGUAAUGCUGGGCUAAGUUGUUGUAAUGCAAUUUCUACUAGAACGAUGCUUUUGCAGUUCAUAAAAUCAUUUCGACGACCAUAUUUACGUCGACCCUGAGCAAUUGCUGUUUCACUUUCCGCCCUCCGCCGUCGUCCCUGAUGUUGCUGGUGCAACAUCAGACCUGUCUACCAGCACCCCGCCGCCGCAUGAUGCUGAUCUGCUGCUGCGGUACCGGAGCGUGCACCAGCGUGCCAUGAACCGCAUGGCGCACCGGGCCCGGAAAGACCUGUACUCGAUCCGGGUGGUGCGGAUAUGAGACUGCACAACUUUCCCUCCCCGCCCUCAUUUGUCAUGCAAAAUUCCCAAUCCACCCUUUCUUUACCUCUUGGCACUGUUUGCAUGAUAAGUUCUGGUAGCCCAAAUAGCACUAUAUUCGAGUGCAAGUGUGUCAUGCAAAACCGGCACUCUUGCUGAUGCUUGUAUUGCCGUUCAUGCUAUACAAAUAAAAUAUAGGGGCAGGGGAAGUUGUGCACUGUAAUAGCGACAUACCUUCUACGCGAAGGGUAUUGACUUCUACCACCACGGUGAUCGCACGGUCUUGGAUCUGCAAGACGCGGGGUUGCUGCGUUUGGAUGAUCAAAGCUUGGCGAGUAAGGUGGAAAUUCGCAAUCAGGACAGACACGAGGGGCAGAAACGCGUCCGCACGAACGCGUUCGCCGUGGCGCAAGCGCGGAAGUGGUACGACCGGAAGAUCCAUUUUUGCUUCGGCUUCCUCUUUGACGUGCUGGAUACGCAGAUCAAGCCGGUCUUACUGGAAGUGGAACGGAAAAUGCACUGGCUUCAGGACCUGCAUUAUGCAAGAGAAAAACUGUCGUGUAAGUGUAACUCUGUAAAAAUGCAGAACAACAUGCAACAGAGUUACUACACCUGUCAUGCCAGACAGCCAUGAGAAGUUCUCUGCUCAUGUGUGUUUUCCCUUACAAGCCACGCAUGACAGGUUUUCUCUUUCAUGUAGAGCAAAUUUGUCAUGCUGUCAGCCAAAGAUAGUUACACUAACGCAGUUUUUUUGUUGGAUAUGCAUCACAAGUACAACAACAGCUUUACACUUCCCCAAUUUGACGAGGCGACGCGGGAGCAGAGGACAGAAAGCCCGGAACUGUGGCAAGAGCUCUGGGACUAUUAUACCGUACAGUAUCAAGCGGAGCAUGAUAUUAACGGAGCAGGAGGAGCAUCUACAACUGCUUCGCAACGAGGAGGUCGUGGUGUACAACUUCCGGGUUUUGUGGCCGAUCAUGCUGCGGAAGAUCAACAUCCGGUCGGCACUAGUACUCCCAGAUACUUAAUUAGCGGCCCUUUCAUAAGUCCGGACAUUUCACUCCUUGCCACAUACCAAAGAUUUUAAAUAUAUAAAUCGGAACGUGUCCAGGAGCUGCGUCUGCAGCUACUCGCUCUUGUGCAGCAGGCGCGCUUCCUUUAGUUCCGUACAACAAAAGAAGCAAGAGGCUUGAUGUUCACAAGGAGCCUACGCUUUAUCAGUGGCGUAGGCUUCUGAAGCAGCUUGCACAGGGAAAUAACGCGACAGAAGAAGUAGAAACAGCCAGCCAAAAAAAGCUCUCGACAGCUUGGAAACUUUAGUCCCCGUCGGCUGCCACCCAAUGCAGUGCGCCGGGCGGCUUUGGUGUUUGUGUUUCCGUAUAAUAAACCACGCAAGUGUGUUGCGCAUUUGCGACGCCUGUUCCUUUGUCUAUCGGCGCCGCAUCUGCAACACCUUGCACAGUGUAGGCAUCAGGAAUACACAAACACGCCAAAACAAGAAGACUGAUAGUCCGUACAUUUCUACAGGCUGUUACUGUGUAGGCGCGCGCAGUGUAGUAAGUAAGCGGGCAGUUCUCGUUCUGGACCUGGAUGCGCCACGCUGCGCUGUACUGACUCAAUACUCAGGUGAGCGCUUCGGAGUGUUACGCGGGGACCGCUGCUCUGCGGGGGGACUGCUGGAUGGAAGCCUAGGAGAAAAAUUUGCGCGGGGAGUAUUGGGGCAUGAAUUUCGAGUAAGCAGCCCUCUGAAACGCACCAAAGCAGUGCGCGCGUACUUAAACGUAGAAAAUAGGUGGACAAGCAGCGUAUAUAGGUUGCAAUGCUCGGGGGCUCGCUGGAUAUACUGGCACUGUAAGCAAAAUAAAAAAAGCCCGGGUAGGAAAAAUGCAUUUUGCGUUUUUUCCUACCCGGGGUUUUUAUUUUCAAAACCCCGGGUAGGAAAUAUUUAUCCGCUGCUCUGCACGUCUGUGAGGGUGAUAACAGCUGAUAAAUAUUUCCUACCCGGGGUUUUGAAAAUAAAAACCCCGGGUAGGAAAAAGUUCAAAACUCAUAUUUCCUACCCGGGCUUUUUAUUUUCAAAACCUCGUAUAGCCCCUCCGAAAUCUGGGCGGCGCGGCAGCGCCGCGAAAAUUUUUUUUUUGGAUCGUGGAGAGCUACGUGAGGUUUUGAAAACCAAAACCUCGUAUAGCCCCCUCGAAAUUUGGGCGGCGCGGCAGCGCCGCGAAGAUUUUUUUUUUUGUUCGCGGAGGGUCGCAUCGGGUAAGUCGCGCCAACGUGCGGGCGCAGGGGCUGCAGCGCUGCAUUUGGUUUCUACCGUGACCGUCAGUGGUGUGGGCCAGAAUGUGAAAAGUCAUUUGACCUAUGACCCUUAUGCAAGGGCCGCUAAUUACGUCAUACAGAGUAAUGGCAACACGACACAUGCUGCGGAAGAUUUUGUGGACGAUCAGGCUGCGGAAGAUCAACAUCCGGUCGGCACUAGUAAUGGCAACACGACACAUUUUGUGCUGCAUACCACUUUCUCCAAUUCUGAAGACGAUGGAGAAGAGGUGGAGGACAACUCAGAUGGUGACCAUCUCGUCUCGGAUGAUGUUCAUCCAGACGCUUCAGGUAGGAGUAGGACAGCCAGAACAAGCGACGAGGCCGAGAAGGAACCGCGAAUCGCAGCAAGUUCCUUUUCGUCCGCCGCGUCCUCUUUCACUUCCUCGAAAAACACGACUUUUACCUCCUUUUUGCAAGUGACGCUCCCGGAAAAGAUUUGGGAGUACGACCUGUACCUGCAGCACACGGUGUACCCCCAGGCACACGACUAUCUGCGGGAGAUUUUGGAUUCGAAAAUUUGUACGGAUGAGGGGGACAACUUCCUUUUGCCUGUUAUGCACUGCAAAAAUGUAGUCUGGGUCUGGAAGGUUGGAACUUGUCAUGCUAAAUCUGAAUCAUGCAAAAAUCUGUGUUGCAUGAUUACCAAAUGCUGUCCACUUUUGAUCAAGUUGAGAGGCAGUUUCUCAUGCAGGAUAGGCAUGAUAGUGAUCUCACGGAAUCUAUCAUGCUAGGUCCUCCAUUACAGAUCAUAUGGGUCAUGGAAAACCUGCAUGACAAGUCAAGCAAAGUUCCAGACCCAGACAUUUUUGCAUUUGAUACCUGUGAUGGAAAAACAAAAACUGGCGAAGCUGCUCGAAAGCUUCGCGCUGCCACCGGACUUCGUCAAGUUUCCCGAGAAAUACUUGUAA